AUGAGUCUCAGGAUCCAGGACUUCAAGUCCGUGGAUGAAUAUAACUCAGAAAUGUUCAAAAUUGUUUCUACAUUAAAGCUGUGUGGUAAGGAGAUCACGGAUGAGGAUAUGUUGGAAAAGGCAUUGUCCACCUUCCACACAAAUAAUAUGGUGUUAGGACACCAGUACCGGGAAAAAGGCUUCAAGAGUUAUGAAGAUCUGAUUCCAUGUUUGUUGCGUGCUGAGCAAAACAAUGAGUUACUGAUGAGAAACAGUGAGAUGAGACCUCCAGGAUCCACACCAUUACCUGAAGCACAUGCAGCCGAAGAAGCUAUGAAUGAAUCUAACCAUGUCCAUCAUGAUAAACCACACGGCCAUUGCCGUGGUGGAUGGAGAGGACGUGGCCGCGGCCAAUACAACUUACAUGGCCUCGGGAAUAGCUAUGGAAGAGGCCGUGGAUAUCAAUUUCAUUCAGGCCGUGGUCGAGGCAGAAUCUGUGGUGUUUCUAAAUCACAACGCUCGACCAGAUCAGUGUGUCAUAGGUGUGGAAUAAGUAAUCAUUGGGCUAAGAAUUGUAGGACUCCCAAGCAUCUAGUUGAUGUGUACCAAGAGAAUUUUGAAAGGGAAGAAUCCUGA